UUCUCAUACUGCAAUUUCCUCAAGCAACCUUUCUUGUAAUCUCCAUUUUCCUCCGAAAGCUAGUAUCCUAUCUUGGGCUUCAGAUAUUGUCUUUUGUCAUAGAUUUGAAUUUCAUUGGAAGAUUGAAAGUAGUUAUGGUGUGCCAAGCCGCAAGCCAAACAAGAUUUCGGGCCUUAAAGCAUGAGAAUGGAGUUAUGGGGAGAGCAACCAUCAUAGUUAGGGUUAUAGCAUGCUUUCAACCAUUGCAGAAUUGCCAGGCUGAAUACUUCCGUCAGUUGUUGAAGCCUGUGACGUAGAUGCUCUGAGUUCACGCCUUUGUUUUAAAUCCAGCUUUAUAGUAUUUUCUUGUUAUUUGCGUCCUUAAAAUAAUUUGAGGUGGAAUUUGUUCAAUCCAUAUCACUGGUUUCUUUUCUGUCUAGAUGGUUACAACCAGCAAGCUCCAACAUUACCAGCAGGAUCCUGCAUGGACUUCACCGAAUUUGAAUUACGCCACUACACUCUUACAACCUGGACAUCACCUUGGUGUUCCAUCUCUGUAUACCCCUGCCAUAUGUGCUGCAAAUGCAGUUUCUCCUAGGCAUUCAUGUUUUGUCCCUUGUUUGCCUAAUUCUAAGGCAGCCCAUCAGAAUGGAUUCAAUUGGCUGCCAAGCUUAGCUCCCACCAAAAGUGAGUAUCCAAGUGAUACUGAACGUUUUCUUCCGCACUUGGUUGGAUUAGAGUCCCCAUCAACUGAUCCGUCGAUAAAUUCUCAGAAAAGGUUCCUCAUUUGUGAUCAAUCUGGGAAUCAAACUAGAUUCUUCUUUAGUCAAGGUCAUCCUCCUGAAAAUGAAAUUAUUACACAGAAAGAACUGUUUGGUGCUUAUGGUUUGUAUCAAAACGAGAACCUGAAUGCUGUAGUAGAGCAAAGAUCUCAUGUGAUGCCCGUUAUUGAAGAGAAAUUGGAUGAAAGUUAUGUAAAUGGUGAAGAAAGUAAUACGUAUGAAGAAGACACAGACGAAAUCAAUGCCUUGCUUUACUCUUCUGAUGACAUUGAUGGGGACGAAGACGAAGACGAAGAUGACUAUGUUUAUGGUGAGGAUGAUGAAGUAACUAGCACAGAUCGCUCUCCUUGUGAGGUUGAACAACAUUCUGCGGAACUUACAGAAGAAGUUGCCAGUUCUGAUGGCCCUUGCAAAAGGCAAAGAUUGCUAGAUGGUAGUUACAAGAAAUCACCAUACACAGAAUCUAGAUGGCCUAAUGAUGACAAUGAUGAUGUGGAAGAAAGAUGUGUUAGUGGCUCUCUUCCUCCUAGUGCGAAGGAUAAGGAUUCCGAUUUGAGCACUAGGGAAAGGAAAGUUAAAAUUCGCGAGACAUUGAGAAUUCUUGAGAGCUUGAUUCCUGGGAUAAAGAAUAAGGACCCAUUGUUGGUUAUUGAUGAAGCGAUCGAUUACUUGAAGUCUUUGAGGGGUAAAGCUAAAGCCUUAGGAGUUGAGCCCUCUCAAGAAUACCCCCCAGCCUCUUGUUAAAGAUCAAAGUAUCCAACCCCUACAAUAGUAGAAUUAUGGAUUUUAGGGGUAUAGUUGAUUGGAUAGUAUAGAAAAGUCAUAUAUCAUUAUUUGGUUGAAAUAGUUAAGUUGUGAGGCAUUUGCCAUCCUAAUCAGUCCUAUAGUGCAACAAGUAUUAUGAUCCACCAAAGGAAAGGAUUUAGUGGGAUGUCUUUUGAUCUUUUAGUUGCAAGGGGUAGGAAAAAAUUGGCAUGUUUAUCGUUGACGAGGAAUGAUUAUUUUUAGCUUUUGUGGUUAAGAAAGUAGAAUUUCAAAGUUCAAAGGCAUGAGUGGUGUAAAUGAGGGACCCUUUAAAAUCUUGAGAAAACCAUGGAUUCGAUGCAUGCUCAUUUGGUGAUAUGGGGUCCCACCAUCCACCCCAUUAUGUUUCUUGAAUUGAAUUAUUGUAUGACGGUUUUCUUUUUGUGAUUGGUUAUGUCAGGGUCAGUUUGUGCGACAUUUUACUGGGUAAUUGUUAUCUCCCACCUGUAUAGAUCAGAAUGACUUGCUAUCUCCCACCAAAAUAGGCCAGAACGACUUGGUAUGAGGUUUUAUCUUUUUGUUGAUCCCACAAAAGAUAGUGAUGGCAUUGGUGUUGAAGAAGGCGCAUGGAAAAAGAGGAGGUGGGGGUGGGGGGGCGCUGCCCUCUAAAGCUAAUCAUGAAAAGGCUGAUAGGGAUACAUGAUCAAAUCUUGUCUUAAAGUUUGGUUUGUUUCCACUUGUGAGCUUUGGAUGGUGAGUUGUAGUUGGAGACUUGUGAGUCUUUUCAGCGUGGUGUCUUUUUAUGAGCCUGAUGGACCCUGUGUGUUUCUUGCUAUUAUUGCUAUGUGUGUUGUCUUUAUGCUUUUUCAACUUAAAAACUACUAAAAAAUUAUAGUGUGCUACGAUAUUUUUAUUUCUUUUUCUGUUUUCUUGUGAUGUUUUUACCUUUUGUUGAGUACUUGCGUAUGUAAUUCUAAUGGAUACCGGUGGCUAUGUUGAUCAUUG